GAGCCACAAUUUUGUUUGACCUUCCUUCUCUUCUAGCCACUAAGAUAUACAUUGGUCAAAAAGAGCAUAUUUUUCGCUCAAAAUCUUGCCUUUUCUAUUGAAAACGUGAUUAUUUCUUACUUGAAUUCUUGUUCUAUAGAUUUACGGGAGAAAACAGCAAUUUGCAUGCUCCAUAUCUAUUCUGUUCUAUUAAGAAGUUUGUUACUAUUUUACUCCAAAGUGAAGGUCUCUAAUUGGUAUUUGGUGGGAAUUAUUUUGUAGAUGCUACAACCUUGACAAAGUCCUAGGAUUUUUAGUGUCAAUGGCCGCUUGUGCUUUAAAUACUGGUUUAUCUGUUUGUGGCCCCUGUUUCAAUUCCAGAGCCACCAAAAUGUCUCUUAGUCAUUGUUCUUCAAAUGGUACUCUGCAACUUAAAGGUUUGGCAUCCAGAGAAUUUCUAAGCAAACCCUUGGAUUAUGCAUCAGAUCAUAGCCAUUGGAAUGUUGCAUUUCCAGCAUCCAUUUGUGUUAAUGAACAAGAAUCAAUAUGUGUUGACAGUGGUAAGAGAUGGUGGGAGAAGAGCCAUAAGCCCAACAUGGUAGAGAUUAGUUCUGCACAACAACUUGUUGAUUUAUUAUUAAAAGCUGGUGAUAGAUUGGUCAUAAUUGACUUCUAUUCUCCUGGAUGUGGAGGUUGCAAGUCUUUACAUCCUAAGAUCUGUGAGUUAGCUGAAUCAAACCCCAAUGCCAUAUUCCUCAAAGUAAACUACGAAGAACUGAAAACCAUGUGCAAUGCUCAUUACAUCCCUGUCUUACCUUUCUUCAGAUUCUAUAGGGGUGCACAAGGCAAAGUCUGUAGCUUCAGCUGUACCAAUGCAACAAUAAAGAAAUUCAAAGAUGCAUUAACAAGGUACGGGAAAGAUCGAUGUAGUCUUGGUCCAGCAAGAGGUUUAGAUGAAUCUGAGCUUUUAGCCUUAGCCUCAAUUGGAGAAUUAUCAAGAAAUGAUUGUACGAGGAAAGAUAUAUUUCAAGAAUCAUCCCUUACAGGAGUAGUAGAUGUAUACUAUAGCACUUUGGAGCUAAAAGAAGGUAAAAAAUUUGUGAUGACCUAGAAUAGGGAUUUGGAAAAAAAAAAAAAAAAAAUUCUUAAUUUCAUAUUAGCAAUUAUAUUUUCAUGUCUCUGCCAUUUGGGGUAUCUUAUUAUAAUUUGGAUUAGGAUGUGUACUUGA